CAUUUUAGAUAUUAGCACUGCGUUUCGUUCUUGAAUCGGGCGACCUUCGCGAAGGAAAAUCAAUGAAGUUCGCCACUCGUGAGAUGAAAUAGACUGCGAUCAGUCGUUGGUGCAAAUUUUUCUUAUCUGUGAUGGAGGAUCGACUUCUUUUAGUGGUGCUUUGGAUGUGUGCGUGUGCGGCUUAUGAAUAUGACUCCGGGACGCCGGCUGGAUACAUGAGUGAUUGCCCUGGAAUGAAUGCAUCCACAGAGUUUUCAGAGAAAACUCGGCGCUCGCUCACUGCCGUGGUCAUGGCGCCAUCAGCAGGCUACAUCAGGAGUAGAGAGACGAGCUGCCGACUCAGCGUACCUGGUGCUGCCUGUGCAGCGCGCUGGAUGGAUCUGAAGAGGAGGAGGACACAGGUCCUGGUAGCCGGGUACCUGGACGCGUCGUUCUCUCCCGUAGUCCGGUCAGUGGCUGGCGCGUAUCUGAACCUUGGCCGCAAUGUCAUCCUCGUCGAGGUGUUCCCGCUGCUCAUCCGGACAUAUCCCAUGGCAGCACGCAUCACACGCCCACUCGGUAAACUUCUCGGCGAGUUUCUAGCCGAGCUGACUCGAAGAGGUUUACCACCGAGUAGAUUAGAGAUCUCCGGCGGCAGUCUGGGAGCUCACGUCGCUUACUACGCCUCCGUCAAGUAUAGAGAACUUACGGGAAGGAAACCUGCAAGACUUACUGGCUUGGACCCAGCAGGCCCCUGUUUUCGCAACCUGCCACCCUGGGAGCGUUUCAACGCGGGCGGAGCGGAACGCGUAGACGCGCUACACACCAAUAUAGACGGGUUUGGCAUAGCUCAUCCUAUGGGGCACGUCGAUUUUUACGCUAAUGGCGGUGAAUUCCAACCAUCAAUGGUAGGAAACUUCAUCAUGCCAUGCUUCCUACUCUGCAGCCACCUCCGCUCCGCUUUCUACUGGCUCCUUGCCUACGACAACCCGGACAAAUUCAUAGCAGUCCGCUGCGACACCAUGGCACACGCCCGCAAAGGGGACUGCUAUAACAAACCUAUAGUUCACAACUUCUUAGGGCCUAAAACUAACCAUAGCAAGCCAGGGAUAUACUACUUACCUACAUCGGAGAGGACGCCAUAUUACUUAGGGGAGGAAGGGUUGAAGAAACGAAGAUUUGGACAUAAUGAUUAUUUGUUGAAGACAUCGGUAGAACCGGAGGGGGAUGUGUUGGUGUGACAAAUAAAGA